AUCAUCAUCAUCAUCGUCGUGUGGCUUCUUGAGUGAGCAGUGGUCAUGUCGGGAUCGCACUGCAAAAGUUUGUACCCCUUCAGCGGGGAGCAGCACCAGCAGGGACUGAGCUUCGAGGCAGGGGAGAUUAUUAAGGUGGUCCAGGCUCUGCCUGGAGGCUGGUGGGAGGGAGAGAAGGAUGGAGCCAGGGGAUGGUUCCCCUCCAGUUACGUCCAGGUCCUGGAGAGGACAGCAUCUCUGAGUCAGAUUCCUGUUGAGGAUCUCAAAGAUCCCCUGCCUCCUCACUGGAAAUGCUAUAUGUCUCCACAAGGGCGGCGAUACUAUGUCAACACCACAAACAACGAGACAACAUGGGAGAGACCGUCGAGUGCACCGGGGACGCCAAAGAACUCCUUCCGACACAAGAACUCUCUGCCAGCAGUGAAUGGAUUUCACUCAGGUGGUAGUCCCUUGCAUCAUGUGGAGCACUCACACAACAGUCUGGUUAGGAAGAGCAAUACAGAGCCCCAGUGCCCAGGAUCGACAUCGCCCACGAGUAAACACAACAAGGAGACCACGGUCACGAUCAACUGUGUGACGUUCCCAUCACCCGCCUGCAUGCCCGAGCAACAGCUACUGAAACCCAGUGAAUGGAGCUACUGUGACUACUUCUGGGCUGAUAAGAAGGAUCCCCAGGGCAACGGCUGCAUUACAGGAUUUGAGGUUUUGCUGCAGAAACAGCUGAAGGGGAAACAGAUGCAGAAAGAGAUGGCCGAGUUCAUUCGAGAACGGAUAAAGAUAGAAGAGGAGUACGCUAAGAAUCUCUCCAAGCUCUCACAGAUCCCUCUAGCAAGCCAGGAAGAAGGUACUCUGGGGGAGGCUUGGGCCCAGCUGAAGAAGAGCCUGGCAGACGAAGCUGAAGUUCACCUUAAGUUCUCCUCGAAGCUCCAGAGUGAAGUGGAGAAGCCCUUCCUGACCUUCAGGGAAAACUUUAAGAAGGACAUGAAGAGGCUCGACCACCACAUUGCCGACCUACGGAAGCAGAUGGUUGGCCGCUAUGCGGCUGUGGAGAAGGCUCGUAAAGCUCUGUCUGACAGGCAGAAAGAGUUGGAGCUAAAGACGCAGCAGCUGGAGAUCAAACUCAGCAACAAGAUUGAAGAAGACAUCAAAAAAGCCCGCAGGAAAUCCACACAAGCAGGCGAUGAUCUGAUGCGCUGUGUCGACCUUUAUAAUCAGUCGCAGUCCAAAUGGUUUGAAGAGAUGGUCACCACAAGCCUGGAGCUGGAACGACUGGAGGUCGAGCGGGUGGAGAUGAUCAGACAGCAUCUUUGCCAGUACACCACCCUUCGACAUGAGACAGACAUGUUCAACCAAAGUACCAUGGAGCCAGUGGAUCAGCUACUGCAGUGUGUGGACCCAACCAAAGACAGAGAAACGUGGGUACGGGAGAAUAAAACUGGAGAAAUUCGCCCAGUGGACAUCGAGAUCUGAUAUCGGCGCUAUCUGAUGAACUCACACCCAGAUACAGCAAGCUCGAGGCUCCGUACCGGAGGAGAGGAAGUCUGUGCUGGGAUCUUCCCCCUCCCACGCAUGCACACACUGAUCUGUAUGUGAUUCCUAACAGACUGAGGGACGGUCAGUUUGUGCUGAGCUAUUCUUUACGUCCUGACAGCCCCCCUGCUGACAAUGAUAUCAGUGUCUGAGGGAGUUUUUUGAGGGAUGACGAGACCUGUCAUAGUUUUGUGUUAUACAAGCUGUUACUCGUGCCGAGUGAAUGGGAACUUUAUGUAUAUUCUUUAGUAAAGGAUGCUUAGGUGAGGCAAAUGUUUAAGAAGCACCAACAUGUUGUAAGUGUUGAAUAGCUUUAUGUUAGGCAGAAGUGUAAUGCUAAUACUCCAGAAAUGCAAUGAUUUAACAGAUGCUGCUAAGCAAACUGCAUUCAGAAAAAAAGAGUUGCUCUGUUACUUUGUAGCAGAAUGAAGUACUUUAAUGUCUCCAGUGUGUACAUGGUGACUUUGCUAGACUCCACCCUUUAGUUACUGUUGCUAGAUCUAAUUUUAAUUAAAAACAAAAUGUAGCUUAUUAUGGCAGUGGUGUUUGAAGGUAAAGUUUUUUUUCUAAUGGUGGGUCUUCGGUUCAAUCUAUGGUAAAAAAAAAAAAAGCAGGCUUCUCUUUUGUAACACAGCUGUCGCAAGUGUUCAGUUGAUCCACAUCUGCAGACUCUCACAUUCUGUGGAAAAUCGAUGCGAGCCUCCCACCUAAACCCACCGGAAACUGAUGGCUUCUUUUCAUACAAUGACUUUAUUUAAUGAGGCCAAGCUAAAUUUUACUUCACACCAAGUGCUGUUCCUCAAAGUUUGGCUCUUCUGUUAUUGUACACACAAACAAUUUAAGCAGGGGAUAUGAAUCCCAUUAAAGAUUCAGACACAGUUAAUAAAUGGUGGGAAAUCAGAUGCUUUAUGGGACUGCCACCAACAAGCUGCAUUUCCUAAACUAUGACUGGCAGUAACUGAUCAUCACACUUAGGAGUUGGGCAAUAGCCAACGGUGAAUUCCUGAGGACUAAAAUCCCAAAUCUGGCAACACUUCACAAAUCUAAUUUUCUCCUUUUUUAAAUUUCUAAUAAGAAUUUUAAAUCAGCCAGUUGCACUUUACAUUCAGAUGAUUUUUAAUCAACUUUUACUGUAAAUUGCUGUUCAUAUACAAAGGCAUCUAAACACAAGUUGCUACAGACUUGUUUUUGGUUAUGUUCAUGAAGCAUAACUGUGACAUAUAUGUGUAAAUAUGUUUUAAGGUGAUUUGCUCUGAAAGGGGAUCGUAGUGGAAAGAAUGUAAAAUAGAUUAAAUAGAUUUUUACAGAAAACAUACGGUAGAUAUUUGGUACUGAUAAUAUAUUAAACAUACAAGUGCUUUAUACACAAGAAAACAUCUCUAACAGUAUGAUAGAGUUUUGGAAUAUGAAUCAUUUGCUUCAGUUGGAUUUGGUAACCGUACUGCAGAAGCUAACUGCCAUACCAAAUGUUCUUGUCCAGUAUUACUGCUUAGUACUGCUUGACUGCUAAAAGGAGACAAAUGAGAUGUUUUUGUACAUUAACAGCUAAAAGUUGUCAUUUUUCAUUAAUAAAAUGGAAAUACGUAUCUCAUGUC